AUGCCUUCAGGUGGGGCAGUGGCUUAUGAUAAUAUGAGCCCCUCCGUCUUCAUCCUCUGGCUUGUCACUGUCCCUCUCCUUCUCCACCCUGCCCUUUCCAACCCUCUAGGUUAUUUUAUAAACUGUGGGGGCAUAAAUGAGGUAACGGUAGACAGUCUAAAAUAUAUUCCUGAUGGAAGCUACAUAAAGGUUGGAACCGUCGCCACAAUCAACAAACCAGACUUGUUGCCAACACUGUCCACGUUGCGUUACUUCACCAACACGUUAUCUAAAAAAUAUUGCUAUUCAUUUCCGGUUAUCAAAGGAAACAAAUACCUUGUCAAGACGGUAUAUUAUUAUGGAGAAUUCGAUGGAGGGAAACAGCCACCCGUGUUCGAUCAAAUCGUUGAAGGGACGAGAUGGAGCAUUGUUAAUACGACAGAAGACUACGCGAAAGGUCUUAGUUCGUAUUAUGAGGUUGUGAUUGAGGCGUCUCACGGGAAGAGGUUGAGUGUGUGUUUGGCUAGGAAUAAACAUACUGGUAGCUCAAGUCCAUUUAUCUCUGCCUUGGAGGUUAAGAGUUUGGAUAAUUCUUUGUAUAAUCCUACUGAUUUUCACAAGUAUGCUCUUGUAACUGUUUCCAGACAUUCAUUUGGAAGUGAAGAUAUCAUUAGUUUUCCAGAUGACAAAUUUAACCGGAUGUGGCAACCAUUUAAUAAGGACGAGAUUCCAGUUGUGGCAAGCCAAACAAAUGUAACAUCUACGGACUUCUGGAACCUCCCUCCAGCUAAAGUAUUCAUGUCAGGAAUAACCACUAGCGAAGAAAAAACACUUAAACUUGAAUGGCCACCGGUGUCCCUUCCAAGUUCUUACUACUACAUUUCCCUAUAUUUUCAAGACGACCGAAAAUCAAGCCCUUCUAGCUGGAGAACCUUUGAUGUUUCUAUUAACGGUCACGCUUUUUACUCAAAUCUUAAUGCCACAAAUAAGGGUGUCACAGUUUAUGCUGCACAAUGGCCACUUUCCGGACAGACCCAAAUUACUGUGACACCUACCGGUGGAAUACCUUAUGCACCUAUUCUCAAUGCUGGAGAAGUUUAUCAGGUUCUUCCCCUCGGCGGGCGAACUCAAACUAGAGACAUAAUUGCAAUGGAAGAUUUGGCUAAAAGCAUUCAAGCUCCACCUCGCGAUUGGAACGGUGAUCCUUGCCUCCCUAAAGGGAAUUCAUGGACUGGAGUUACAUGCUCAGAUCAAUUUGUUGCACGAAUCACCUCAUUGAAUUUAACUAACGCUGGCCUGAUUGGGACUCUUCCUCCGAAUAUUGGCAAUUUAACUGCUCUUUCUCACCUUUUGCUUGCGGGGAACAAAUUCUCGGGCACUAUCCCUGAUUUGAGUGAAUUGCAAGAGUUAGAAACUUUGCAUUUGGAGAAUAACAACUUUGAAGGACCACUUCAUCCAUCCAUUAAGAAACUUCCAAAACUGCAUGAGAUUUCUUCUGAUUUCCAAAAUAAUAAGGUUGAUGGGAAAGCUACCAAACACACUUAA